AUGCUCGAGGGAUUUCUAAAUCGCUACAAUGCAAGUAUGGACCUGAUAGAGUCUAUUCAGCACGCUCUAUGGUACCUGCUUCAGUGCAUAUCAUCUGGAAACGUUCUUGGAGCCCGAGAGCACGCUUUUGCAAUCUGGUAUAUAACAUUGGGUCAUCAUUUUGCAAUAUUCGAAGAAAAAUGCACACCCGUACCUCGUCUGGUCGCUCAGGCGACGGGCGUAACGCUUGAACUUGGUCCAGGUUCUGGCAACCAACUUUCACGACUGGAUACACGUUAUGUCAACAAGGUCUAUGGCAUUGAACCCAACGUACAUUUCCACAAAAUUCUGAAGAAGAAAUUGAGUGAUAUGCCAGAUUUGGGUCACAAGUAUACCAUAGUUACUGCAAAGUUAGAAGACGAGCAGGCCCUCCGAGAACAUGACAUUGAACCUGGUACUGUGGACACAGUACUCUGUAUGCAAGUACUGUGCUCUGUCAAGGAUCCCGCCGCUGCUGUCAAGCAGAUCUACCGGCUCCUCAAACCAGGAGGCCAUUUCCUAUAUUGGGAGCAUUGUCGAAGCUCAGAUGUCACAACGAGGAUGCUACAAAGAAUGUGGAAUAUUGUCUGGAGGCCAUUGAUUGGUGGUUGCUCUUUGACUGUGAGAAUAGACGAGGCGGUGCAAAAAACUGGGCCUUGGGUGGUCAAAGAGUCAGGUCAUGAUGAGGAUCCGCACAAACUGAUGCCUCGAUCAUGGGCACAUCUAAGAAAGCCUGAGUUCUGA